AUGGCGACCACCACCGCCGCCGCACCACCUCGCAAGUGGAUGCAGGUCCCUCGUCCGCUCCAGAAGCUUUUCGAUACGUUUCCUCUUGUCGCUUACGACGUCAACGCCCUACCCGCGCGAGCACAAUCGGCUACUUCCGGCAACCUUCCUACACUUUACGUCUUUUCCACCGAGGAGGAUGCGCUACUGGGGGCACCAAGCUUCAACCCGAGCUGUUUGAAGUGGCAGGCGUUCCUCAAGCUUGCCGGUGUCAAGUUCCAAAUCCUGCCCUCGACCAACCAUGCCUCACCUACCGGCGCGCUUCCGUUCAUCCUCCCUAAGCGAUCGGCCCCUACCGACGCCCCAUCACCAAUCCCGUCAUCCAAACUCUAUGACUAUGCCCUGAAAUACGGUACUUCAAAUCCUCCAGAUGUUUCAGCCCUGAGGCUUGACGCCUACCAAGCCCUCCUCGACGUCCCCAUCCGAAACGCCUGGCUACAGGCCCUUUACCGCGACCCCGAGUGCACAGAUCUGCUAGAUAGAUUCUACAUCACGACAGCUUCCUCUUCAUUCUGGGUGCGCGGCGCACUCAGACACCAACUGCGCCGAGCAGCAGAAGCCGAGAUUCUAAAGACCGGGCCCGGUGGCGCUGCUUCUACGGCGUUAUCUCUACUAGUUGAUGAGGACGCCGUGUACAGAGCGGCUGUGAAUGCCUUUGAGGCAUUGGCGACACUGCUUUCGGAAAGCAAAACUGGGUGGUUCUUUGGAGCGCAGACGCCGACAAUUUUUGACGCAAGUGUUUUCGCUUACACGCAUCUGAUGCUCCAGUAUAUGAGUGAUGCCAAGGGCGAAGGAGAGGAUGAUGGGGGAUCCAUUUUCAGGUCUAGGAGGUUAGGGAAUAUGGUUAGGAGAGCUGGAUCGGCAGAAUUGGAGCAACACCAUGACCGGCUCUUUGAGCUGCUUUGGCCGGCAGACUCAAGUGCCAACCUUUUCAACGACAAGGCUUGA